CCCUGGCGCCCGUCGGGGAAGGCCGCGAGGAGCGGUGGAGGCUGGAUGGCCACUUUGGCGAUGAGUGGAGCAUCUUCAAGAGGCAGGAAGGGAGAUCCUUUGGAGAGCGCGAGAUCCAGAAGGCUGCGUUCGGCGCCUUCGGGAGAGGAUGCAAGGCUUCUUCAAUUUAGAUCGAGGGGAUUCUCAACUAAAGGAAGGGAAAGCUACAUCGACGAUUGUGGUGGUCGUUGAGGAUUUGAUGGUGCUGGAUUCUACGCCCGUGGCUGAUCUGGGAAACAUGUCAAGCCAGGACUACCCCACGACUCAGGCUGGGAUGAAUCAAGAUGAUGAGGCUGCUGCGUUCGGGGGUAGCAGUGGUCGGGACGGGCUGCAGAUGGUGGCGCCUCCCUCACAGGGCGUGGUGAGCAACGAGCUGAUGGCUUCCACUGACUCGUCUUUGCUGACGAAACAAAAGGGCGCCGUGGGAGGGCCGAGCGGCCUGAUUCUGGAUUCGCCAAAGGCCUCCAGUGGAUUCGCUGCCACGACUACAUCGCCCCCUACCCUUUGUAGGAACAGCAAGACCAAGCUGCGCUCUUCGACAAUGUUCAAAGACAAGCCGAUCGUCAUCGACAUGGAGGCGGCUUUGCGGGCGGUGGCGGACAAGCUGGUGGGUCGUCAGGUACUCUCACCAUACCUGGCUGACCCCCGGGCCAUCGUCAACGAGGUGAAAGGGGCAUGGAGGCUCCGCGGCGAGGCGGUGGCCUAGCGAGUUAAAAGUGAAGAUGGGUGCUUCAUCGUCACCUUUUCGGAGGAGGGUGACCGGCGUCAUGUGCUGCAAGCUGGACCAUGGCACUACAGGAAUGAUGCAGUCCUACUCGCGACGUUUGAUGGAAGCGGUGACCCUGUGGAUGUUCCCCUUGAUUCUUUCAGAAUUUGGGUGCAAAUCCAUCAGUUGCCGGUUCCUAUCAAGACCGUGGAAAUGGGAUGGACCCUUGGCGAGAAGCUCGGCACCGUCAUUAUGGUGUCACACAAGAACAAGAAGAUCGUCGACGAGUACAUUCCAUCCGCAUCAAGCAUCAGGUGGACGAGCCAGUGAGGAAAUUCAUCGACACAACCGACGUUGGGGCACUAACAAGAUAUACUUUCCUGUUAAGUAUGAAAAGUUGCCUAAUUUUUGUUUGUGUUGUGGUGUUGUGGGGCACACUACAGCCAAGUUCUGUGGUGCCCCUACUGAGCUUCGAAAGAAGAACUUCUCCAUCGACCUCAAGGCUUCUGCGCUUUCGAAGAACCUACGCACUUCGGGGGCUUCGAACGGGCGUCUCCUCGAGUAUGGAGGCCUAUCGGUGGCCCCUAUAGAUGUGGAGGUGGCGGGCAGGUCCAAGCUAUCGGAGAAGGUGAUCAAGGCGGUGAC